AUGGCUAAUAAUCUCGCCGCAGGCUCCAAGGCGGAUAUUCCCCAGGAUCUGCUCAACGAGAUCAAGAGGCUCGAGGAUCUCUUCACAGUUGACACACAGACGCUUAAGAAGAUAAGCGACCAUUUCAUUUCCGAGUUGGCCAAGGGUCUUAGUGUCGAGGGCGGCAGUAUUCCAAUGAACCCAACCUGGGUCAUGUCAUUCCCCGAUGGCUAUGAAACCGGCACCUUCCUUGCUCUUGACAUGGGCGGCACCAACCUCCGUGUGUGCCAGAUUACCCUGACCGAUCAGAAAUCCGAAUUCGAUAUUCUUCAGUCCAAGUAUCGUAUGCCGGAGGAGCUCAAGACCGGCAACUCGGAUGAACUUUGGGAAUAUAUUGCGGACUGUCUGCAGCAGUUUGUAGAGACUCACCACGGCGGUUGCUCUGGCAUUGGCACUCUUCCCCUUGGUUUCACCUUCUCGUAUCCAGCAACACAGAACUACAUUGACGAGGGUAUUCUUCAGAGAUGGACCAAGGGGUUCGACAUUGCUGGUGUCGAAGGGCAGAAUGUCGUUCCAAUGUUAAAUGCUGCCUUCGAGAAGAAGGGCGUGCCCAUCAGGCUCACUGCUCUGAUCAACGAUACGACGGGAACUCUGAUUGCUUCUGCAUACACUGACCCAAAGAUGAAGAUUGGUUGCAUCUUUGGCACCGGCUGUAAUGCUGCCUACAUGGAGGAUGUUGGCUCUAUUCCCAAACUGGCACACAUGAAGCUGCCACCAGAGACCCCCAUGGCUAUCAACUGCGAGUGGGGUGCUUUUGACAACGAGCACAAGGUGCUGCCUAGAACCGAGUUUGACAAGAUUAUUGAUCGUGAUUCACCUCGGCCAGGCCAGCAGGCCUUCGAGAAAAUGAUUGCUGGUCUAUAUCUUGGCGAAAUUUUCCGACUCGUCAUGGUUGACUUGCACGACAACCGCGACGUACAUGCCUUUGCUGGCCAAGAUAUUUCCCUGCUGCGCAAGGCUUAUUCUCUGGAUUCCUCUUUUCUUUCUGCUAUUGAAGAGGAUCCUUUUGAGAAUUUGCAGGAGACCUUUGACCUAUUCAGCUCCAAACUCAACAUUACCUGCUCAAGAGCAGAAUUGGAGCUCAUCCGAAGGCUCUCCGAGCUUAUCGGCACUCGUGCUGCUCGCCUUUCUGCCACUGGUGUUGCUGCUAUCUGCAAGAAGAAGAACUAUAAGACCUGCCAUGUUGGUGCUGAUGGAUCCGUUUUCAAUAAGUACCCACAAUUCAAGGAACGUGGUGCCCAGGCUCUCCGGGAGAUUCUUGACUGGCCUGAGAAGACGAAUCCCAAGGAAGAGGAUCCUAUCGAGGUUCUUGCUGCCGAGGACGGUAGCGGUGUAGGCGCCGCUUUGAUUGCGGCGUUGACUCUGAAGAGAGUCAAGGCUGGCAAUCUUGCUGGAGUGCUGCACCCCGAGCACUUUAAAUAA